UUUGUUAUAGAAAAUUAAUGAUUUUUGUCGUUAGAAUUUAAAAUAUAUUUCAUAUAGAGUUUCUAUCGAUUAUAUGUAUUUGUUCCUGUGAUAAUAUACUGGUUUAUGUAUGAGGAAACAACAGAAUAGAAGUGAAAAUAGCUUAUUCCUUUUAAGAUAAUUUCAGUGUCACAAAAAUUUCCCACUUCUUGGUAACCCGGCACUGAUCUGGUGACUACCAUUUGGAAACUGGUUAAACAUUCUUAUAGAGGUGUUAACAUGUUGCGAAUUGUGCCUUGGUUGUGUCGCGAAGAAUGGCUUGAAACAUACCACAACCUUUACAAUUUUGAUAACAUAGAACAGCAAACAAAGGGUCUUCAACACGUGGAAAUGUGGAGAAGCAGAAGUCAUAGCAAACUGCCAUUGGCCAUUGAAGCAACUGCAAGCCUAAUCUCUGCAGGGAUUGAAGAUGUGAGAUCUCUCAUCACUCCCUAUGUACUUCGUCAUACCAUGGCAAUGGUGAUUGUACGUUUUGUUAAUGGCAUGGUUGACAUGGAACAGAAGGGUGCCUACGCUAGGUCGGUUCAAUCCAUUGCGGACGAAAUUGGGAUUCCUGAUUGGCUGGUGGAUCUGCGUCACGAGGCAACGCAUGCAAACUUGCCUUCUUUAGAAGUUCUAAGGGUUGGGUUCAAGGUUGCAUUAGAUUGGCUCCGAGAUCAUUAUUGGGAGUCCCAGAUCAAAGAAUUACAAGAAAGGGACGAACGAUUGAUAUCUCUUCUGCGAAAAUAUGCUGAGCACUUUGAGAAUAAUAGUACCAGCAGCAAGAAAACAAUAAGAAUCUGUAAGCAAAUUGCUCAAGAUAUUGCGGAUCUUGUUCAAGAGUAUAAUAUGUGGGAAUUGUUUUUAGAUCUGGCAUUUGGAAGCAAAGGAUUACUGGUCCCAACCCUUGAAACUCUUGAAAAUAUAUUUUCUGAAACCACUGGUGAUAAAGCUGAAAAUAUUUCAACAGAUCUACCAAAAGAUGUUUGUGAAUGGCUGAUGCUGCUGCUGGUUGCCUUAAACAAAGCAAACAAGAAGUUUUUAUCAAACAUUGUAGAAUUCCUGUUAAAAAGAAUUCAUAAACCUGACCAAAGCUCAGGUGAUGUAGUCACCCAUUUCCACGCCUGUUGGGUGUUUUUGAUCCUGAAUGGCAAACAAAAAAAAUGGAAGAUCAAGUUAGAGCUGGACUAUAUCAGUUUGUUGGAAGUUUGUCUUAACAACCCAUCAACAUAUGGCCAACUCUUUCUGCCAUUAAUUGUUGAUAACAUUGAAAUACCAGCACAGGGCCUCAAAGACAAACUCCAUAGGUUCUCCACCAUCCAAGGUUUAUUUGAAAAAGUAAAAUCCCAAAGCUUGAAUGACUAUAUUCAGAAUAAAGAUGCAAAUUUUGAACUUUUGAACAAACAGUUUCCAAUCAUUGGACAACAAAUUCAGGCAAAACAAACUGUAGCAGAUGAAUCAAUUUUUGCUUGGCAGAAAUGCCCAGCUUCCUUUACACACAGCUAUAAAUUUGGGGAAUUUAUUGGCAACGAACAACAUCAAGGUGAAGGACCUGAUCAAUUGCAUAACAACGUUAGGGAAACAGAAACAAAUUUUGAAGAUGACAAUGAAGAUUUGAGAUCUGAAGCCUCUGAAAAUGAUCUAAAUACAAUCAACAUAACUGAAGUACUUAACUCUUCUGAAGAAAGUGAUGCAGCAAUGACAAACAUGAAAGAGUUGUCUGAUAAAAUGACAAGAGAUAUCAGCAAUAAUAUUUGGAUAUUUUGAAAUAAAUAGGGAAUAUGUGUUGC